AUGAAGGAGAAUGCAAACGGUCGUUCUCCACCACCACACAAAACCGAAUUGGUGGCGCAGAAUAUGCUGAAGGAUUUACUGGGGAGACGCUCGUUCCAGAAACAUCUCAUCGAGAGCACGGCGGAGCAACUUAUGUACGGAGCUGCUAAAUCUCACUCUGAUUCCUAUGGGCAGCAGCAUUUCGUGGUCAGCAAUGCUGGAUUCGAGUCACCGACCAGUUACUGUUGUGCUGUGAUCGACGAGAACAUCGGCAUGUUAGUGCGGCUGCUGGAUCUGAUCGCUGAAUCGUUCAUCAGAAGCUCAAAUCUGGCAUUCUGUGAUAUUGGCGUGGAAACGAAUCGUGACACCGCUGCACUUUUUGCUGUUCGAGUGCAAGUUGAUAGGUUCCUGAAUUCCAAUUCGUUCCAGUUACUGCAGUUCGAGCAGAUUGUGCGACGUCUUUGUGCGCUGCUUCGAUGUUUUGCAAUACGAAUCUCCACCCCGUUCCAGAUUGCGAACUGUGCUUUCUAUGCUGGCUCUCUUUGCGAUCUGCUGUAUCGUUUCGAGGAGUUCUGCUCAAUACAAAACCAGCAAUUAUCAGGCAAUUUCGAACAGCUGCGAAAAGCAAUUGAUAGUUUUCAUAGUAUCGUUGUGAUACACUUGAACAAGAUGCUGGCUGCACGAUUUAAAGAAACUUGUGCCGCAAAGAAAGCGCAGGAGCAGAGCAGUCCAUCCAAGCGAACGCCACAACGGCCAAAGUCUGCGACAACAUUUCGGGAAGUUGAACAUGUUCUACGAAGCCCAGGAUACUUGUUACCGCACGAUCUUCGCGUCAGUGAGGUCUCGAGCACUUAUAUCGAGAGGCGUUACAGUGUCAUCUUCACCAUCUAA